ACCAGUAAAAAUGCAGCUGGACACCGGAGCAUCUGUAUCCCUGGUUCCAGAGAGACUCUACAAAGAAAAACUGAAAGAGUGCCCUCUUCAGCCCGCGUCCAUCCGCCUUUCUUCAUACACUGGUGACACUAUUCCUGUGUUAGGGCAGAUCCAGGUACCAGUCCGGUAUGAGGGGAAGGAGUGGACGCUACCGCUUGUCAUUGUUAAAGGAGAAAAAUCAGCCUUGCUAGGCAGAAACUGGCUACAAAAGAUCAAGUUGAACUGGGGAGAAAUCUUCAGUCUGAGAAAUGACAAACCAGUGAGUCAGGCUACACUCACUAACAUGCUGGAGAAGCACAAAGAACUUUUCAAAGAUGGCUACGGUGAAAUACAAGACUUCACAGCAAAAGUCAGAGUGCAAGAAGGAACCAAGCCUAUCUUUCACAAACCACGUCCAGUUCCCUAUGCUCUUAAGGAAGCAGUAGAGAAGGAACUGGACCGCCUACAGAAGAAUAACAUAAUAACGAAAGUAGCGAGGAGCGACUGGGCCGCUCCGAUUGUUGUAGUCCCAAAGAAAGACAAGACCGUCAGAAUGUGCGGUGACUACAAGGUCACAAUAAAUCGCUGCAUACUACCAGAGGAAUAUCCACUACCAAACGCUGAAGAUCUGUUUGCCACUCUAGCUGGUGGGAAGGUUUUCAGUAAGCUGGACCUGGCAUUCGCUUAUCAGCAACUGAAGCUGGAUCCGGAGUCAGAACAGUAUCUGACCAUCAAUACACACAAGGGGCUAUUCAGAUUCAAUCGCUUGGCCUAUGGAAUCUCGACUGUUCCAGCGAUAUUCCAACAAACAAUGGAUCAGAUCUUGGACGGUAUAGACCAUGUUGUGUGCUUCAUGGAUGACAUCCUCGUGUCAGCACCAACCAUUGGAGAGCACUUUGUAGUGCUGGACAAAGUGAUGUCAAGACUGGAGAAAUACGGAGUGCGAAUGAAACGCAGCAAGUGUGAGUUCCUCCAGGACUCAGUGGAGUAUCUCGGAUACAAGAUUGAUGCACAAGGCCUGCACCCAACCAACAGCAAGGUGGAAGCAAUCGUAAACGCUCCAGCACCCACAAAUAUCUCAGAGCUGAGGUCAUUUUUGGGGCUCCUGAACUAUUACGGAAAGUUUGUGGCAAACUUGUCCACAUUGUUGCAUCCGCUUCACCAACUGCUGCAGGCCGAUACAAAGUGGAAUUGGUCCCCACAAUGCGAAGAAGCAUUCAAGACUUGCAAACAGCGUCUGCUAAAGAGCAAGUGGCUUGCCCACUAUAACACAGAGAUGAAGCUGAGACUCGCGUGUGAUGCAUCUCCAUACGGAGUAGGAGCCGUCAUCUCACAUGUUCUACCGUCAGGUGAAGAACACCCUAUUGCAUUUGCAUCACGGACUCUGUCACCGAGUGAGAAAAAUUAUGCUCAAAUUGAGAAGGAAGCCCUGAGCAUAAUAUUCGGAGUGAAGAAGUUUCACAAAUACCUCUACGGAAGGAAGUUCCAACUGCUGACAGAUCACAAGCCUCUGUUGGCCAUCCUUGGACCAAAAUCAGCUAUACCAACCCUUGCGGCACUUCGAAUGCAACGUUGGGCUCUGAUAUUGUUAGCCUACGACUACGAGAUUGAGUACAGACGAUCCAGUGAUCACGCAAAUGCCGAUGCACUAUCGAGACUACCGUGCAAUAGUGACUCCGACAGUGAAGAUGAUAGGGCAGUCUUCCAGAUCUCUCUCAUUGAUGAACUGCCCAUAUCUGCUUCUGACAUAGCAGAGGAAACAAGGAAAGACCCAGUGCUUUCCAAAGUCUUGGACUUAACAUUAGGCGGUUGGCCAACCUUCGUAAAUGACGAUAACCUUCGUCCAUUCAUCGACAAGAAAGACCAGUUGUCCACUGAUCAAGGGUGUGUUCUGUGGGGAUCAAGGGUGGUGGUACCUCACAAAUUCCAGAGGAGACUGCUAUCUGACCUGCAUGAGGGACAUCCAGGGAUCACUCGAAUGAAAGCACUCGCUCGCAGUUAUCUGUGGUGGCCUGGACUGGAUCAGGACAUUCAACAGCAUGUAGGCCACUGCUCACCUUGUGAAGCUGUUCGCAACAAGCCUGCUGCUGCCCCUCUUCAUCCAUGGUCCUGGGCUGCUACACCUUGGGAACGCAUCCAUGUGGAUUACGCCGAAAUUGACAAGCAACAUUUCCUUGUUGUCGUCGAUGUCCAUUCCAAGUGGAUGGAAGUGUUCCCUACUCAACUGACCACAGCUGAGAAGACCAUCAAUCUUCUCAGACACCUGUUUGCAUCCUUUGGACUAGUCAAGGAGCUCGUAUCGGACAAUGGCCCUCCGUUCACGUCAAACGAUUUUGAAAUGUUUCUCAAGAACAAUGGGGUAAGGCACAUCCUGUCACCACCUUACCAUCCGGCAUCAAACGGAGCAGCGGAGAGAGCCGUGCAAACCUUUAAGAAGGCCUGGACUAGACUCAAGGUUCAGUCUGUGCCCAUCCACCAAAGGCUUCCCCGGUUCCUGUUUACUUACCGUAACACCCCACACACAGUAACGGAAUGUACACCAGCUGAACUGUUUCUGAAACGCCAACCACGUACCCGCCUGACAUUGUUGAAACCAGACUUGUCAAGCACUGUGGCAAAGCACCAGCUACAGCAGAAGAAAGCUCAUGACAGACACUCAAAGACUAUCAGAGAAUUCAAAGAGGAAGAGAGGGUGAUGGUACGUGAUUUCAGACACCCCAAGCGCCUGUAG